AGCGGGUGGACGUCGCUUCGUCGUCUCGACUUCGAAUCUGGACCGCUCCCACGCGCAAACUCGCCUACACACGCGUCGUCGCCAGCACUCUUGAAGCUCCUCUUAAUAAAAGCGAAGAGCGUGCCUACGGAAACGCGCCAGUGCACACACGCAUGUACGUAUAUAUGGCGUCCGCUGCCGCCUGCACCGCUGCGGGCACGCCGCCGGGUCGCCGCCGCCGACGUGUCCUCCCCAGCACGGCCGCCGUCGUGGUGCUGCUCGUCGCUCUUCUUCUCCUCCUGUUCGGCGGCCACGGGGCGGCUGCCGCCCGAGGCGAAGUUCCCCGCUGCCACGUUGACUACAACCGCUUCUCCGGAAAGGCGAUCUCGAAGGGGGUCUGGGCAGGUCUGACGUAUGAUAUUCAAUUCAGCUUAGGUCUCUGCACGAGCGACCCGGUGGAGGGGGUGAUGAGCGUGCGGCUCAACACGCGGCAUCAGAACGUGACAGGACGCAGCGGCACAGUCUCCAUGGCGAACCUCGGCGUUGUGCACUUCGCCCUCUCCGCUGCCACUCUCGGACCGCAGCACUUCUCAUCGCAGCUGUGCUACUCCGCCGACAACUGCACCGCCCUGUGCACCGCCGCGCUGAUGGGCGUCGUGGACACCUGCAAGGUGGAGCGGACCGUCAUGCCGGCUAUGAUACUGCUCUUCUGGCUCGUGCCCGCCGUCAUCUGUGCCGGCUUCCUCACCACUCUAUACGUGCGGAAGCGCAUGGAGGAGCGGGAGCAGGCGCUGUUGCGGCUGCCGGAAGGCUACAGCCGAAGUCCACGCGUGUCGCCGACACGACGGCCGCUGCGCGGUGCUCUGAGCCCCACUCGAAGUCCAUCGGUGCAUUCCGCAGCGGACGAGGCGGCGUCUGUACCUCGCGAAGGCGCACGCGACACCACCACAUCGCGCAACCGGAUGCUCGCCCCUGUUAGUGCUUGUCAUGACGCCGCACUCGUUGUCAUCUCCGUACCGCAUGCCGACCCCCCUCCGCCGAGUCACACCUUGUCUGCCAUAGCGGAGCGCCCACAAGCCGACGCCCACGUCGCGACCAGCAACUCGAAGAACAACGCAGCGGAUGAAGAGCGCGCGCCGAGGGAGGAUGACUUCAGUAGUGAGAUGAACGAGGUCAACAGCCUGCAGCUUGCCCACACACGUGGCCCGAGUAACGUGUCCAUGCGGGAGGAGGACAUCUACGUCGACGCCGACGAACACGAGCGCUUUCUAGCGGACGCGCCAGCGGCCGAAAUUGAUCGCGAGACACAAGCAGCAGAGGAGAGAGCGCGCCGGAUCA